AUGUCCAAUUCCACCCCGGCCCAGAACAAGGCCGACCCCUCCGAACAGCCCCAGCAACAGCAGAAGCCCCAAGUGCUUGAAGAGGAUGAUGAAUUCGAGGAUUUCCCCGUGGAAGACUGGCCCCAGGAAGAAGCCGAGCAAGCCGCCGGGUCAGCAGCGAACGGUGGAAAUGAGCAUCUAUGGGAGGAGAGCUGGGACGACGAUGAUGCCGCGGAGGAUUUCUCGAAGCAGCUGAAGGAAGAGCUCAAGAAGGUUGAAGCAUCACACUAG